AUGCCGACCCAACAUUACGGAAUGUCGCCAGAAGCGGAAAUUUAUCAUGAUCCUUAUUACAAUUCUCACACAACUUGUUACACUCCUCUUUAUCCGGCGGAUUCGCAGACCUUAAUUAAUGGUCCUCACAUCCCGCCAGAAGAAACGUACUUUGAUUCCGCUUGCAGCACAGACUCGCCGUCGCAUUACGGAACAAAUUCCUCCCCAAUUAACAGUCAGUACGGGACUUCCAGUUCACCUUUUUCGAAUUAUCAGUACACGGAACAUUAUUGCACGCCCGAAGAAUACGAGAAAAAUAAUUACUUACAUGACGACGGUUAUCACACGCAAGCCAACACAAUUACCAAGCCAGAUGGCACAAAAGUCAUUCGCGUGGUCAAAAGACGAAACACAGCCAACAAAAAGGAACGGAGACGAACACAGAGCAUCAAUUCGGCGUAUCUUUCGUUGCGCGAGCACAUUCCCAACGUGCCCGAAGACACAAAACUCUCGAAAAUUAAGACAUUGCGACUUGCCCGCACCUACAUUUCGUAUCUCGUGAACGUGUUGCAAGGCAAUCAAGAUCCGUCGGUGGAUUUUAGGCCGGAGCUCGUGCCAAGUUCACGCAAAAUCAACGCCGAGAAACGGGCAAUGAUGAAAAAUGAAAUGCAGAACUUUUCCCUUCAACAAGAACGAAAGAAAGCAAAAGGAAGAACGGGAUGGCCUCAUGACGUUUGGACUGAAGGAUUAAAACAAUCAGGAGUCAAAUAA